AUGGUGCAGUGGUGUAGUGUUCUCUGGACUUGACGAAAACGGAGUCUCUCUGCUUGAUUGCUUUCAGGGUUUAUUCGAGCGUAUUGGACAUACGGCAUUUGAUGCAUUUCUGAUUGUUUCAGUUCAGAUGAUUGAGCAUAUUCCUGGAUAAAUCAGAUUGAUUUUGAUUUUUCGCUUUGUCUGUCGUUGUAUAAGCAAGAUCAAGGGUGUAGAAAAAUGAAUCUGAAGCAUUUUUUAUCCAGAUUGACAAUUAACAAGGUUUCAAGGUUUAACGGUAGAAGAACUCCUUCAUGGAAUUACAGAGAGUUUUGUACUGUUCGUUGCAUUUCCCCUCUGCUUUACCCCCAAGAGACCCGUAAAGCCUACUCCCUAUUUGGAAAGCCUAAAACCCAGAUGGCUCAUUCAUUAUUUUAUAGAUUUAUUCACUCUGGUCGAGAAACUGUUUUGAGUGGUGCCAAAGACGUAGUGAAUGUUUCUGUAGACACAGAGGAAGAUGAUGCGGUAAUGAAUGAAUUCUUAUCUCGAUUUGUCUGGAUUAUGCGAGGAAAGCUCACGGAGGUUUAUACCAAUGCUGAUAAGAAAGAGGUUGAUGCUAUGCUUCAAAUUAUUGUUGGGAAGGUUAUAUCGGAAAUGGAGGAGGGUAAUAUUGAGCAUUUUAUUGACUCUGCAGCAGCCUCAGCAUCACAGGAUUUCAGUGAGGAUUUGUGGAAGACAGUGUGGGAGGUUAGCAACGUGGUCUUAGAAGAUAUGAAGAAGGCGAAGAAGAAGGAAAAGAUGAAGAGUUUUCUUCAGUCCGAGGAGGUUAAAGACAUGACCAGAUUUGCUGGGGAAAUAGGGAUACGAGGAGACAUGCUGAGAGAGCUUAGGUUUAAAUGGGCUCGCGAGAAAUUGGAGGACAGUGAGUUCUAUGAGUCAUUGGAGCUUAUGCGACAAGAGGCCAAGGAACCAGAAGCAAAUCUGAGUGAAGUGGAAACUGAAAUUUGCGAAGCUUCAAAAAAUAAUUGUGUUGAGGAAGAAGAUGAUGCUCAGGUAGUUUCUUUACCCAAAAGGAGUGGAAAAAUUAAAUACCAGAUCUAUGGCCUUGAUCUUUCAAAACAGAAAUGGGCGGAACUGGCUGAACAACUCGGUGAGACUGGAAGAUCUAUAUGGCCUCAGGAGCCAAAGCCAAUAUCUGGGAAAUGCAAGAGUGUUACAGAGAAAAUACUUUCAUUGCAAGUGGAUGAUGACCCUUCCCCACUGAUUGCAGARUGGAUAGAGCUGCUACAACCUAGCAAGGUUGACUGGAUUGCAUUGCUUGAUAGAUUGAAAGAAAAGAAUGAUCAAUUGUACUUAAAGGUUGCAGAACUUCUACUUGACGAAGAAUCCUUCCAAAGUAAUGUAAGAGAUUAUUCACAAUUAGUAGAUGUCCAUGCCAAGCAUAACAAGUUAGAUGAUGCUGAAAGAAUUAUGAAGAAGAUGAAUGAAAAGGGCAUCAUACCUGACAUCCUGACGAAAACCACUAUGGUUCAUAUGUAUAGCAAGGCAGGCAACCUAAAUCUUGCAAAGGAUGCUUUUGAAAGCUUGAGAAGCCAAGGGUUCCAACCAGACCUUAAAGUUUACAACUCUAUGAUCAUGGCUUAUGUUAAUGCUGGUGAUCAGAAGUCGGGUGAGGCUUUGAUGAGAGAUCUGGAGGCAAAGAAUUUUAAACCUUCUGAAGACACAUAUUUGGCUUUGCUCAGGGCAUAUGCUGAGCAUGCUGAUCCUAUUGGAGCGAGCAGGAUUUCUACUCAGAUGGAGUUUGCWGGGUAUCAGCCAAGUCUGGAGUCGUGUACAUGCCUUGUUGAGGCUUACAGUCGAAAAGGCAACCCUGAUCAGGCAAGGAAGCAUUUUGACGACAUAAUUAAACUUGGAUACAAGCCYGAUGACAAGUGCAUUGCCAGAAUGAUUGCAGCUUAUGCGAAYAAGAAUUUAUUAGAUAAAGGUUUGCAUCUUCUGCUUCAGCUCGAAAAGGAUGGCAUUGAGCAUAGUGUUGCCACUUACGCCGUGCUUGUGGAUUGGCUGGGUAAGUUGCAACUGAUUGAUGAAGUUGAAGACCUAUUGGGGAAGUUCACUGAGAAGGGUGUUUCUCCUUCGCUUGAUGUUCAUAUAAGCCUUUGUGAUAUGUAYGCUAGAGCUCAAGAGGAGAAGAAGACCCUUCAAGCUCUGGGGGUUCUUGAGGCUAAUAAGGACCAAUUGAGGCAUGAGGAAUUUGAGAAAAUUAUAAGUGCUCUUGUAGCCGGUGGAUUUUGGAAGGACGCCGAGAGAUUCAGUAACUUGAUGACAGCCCAGGGAUUUACAACAUCUAAUCAGCUGAGCGUGACAUUAAAGGCUUCUCAGACGUUCGGUCGCAUGAAAUCGUCCAUGAAAUAGUUUUUUGAUAAUUUAUGUUGCUGAUAUUGUCAUGGUUCUUAAGCUGAAUACAGUGUUACCGACAAUUGAGCAGUUCUAUCAAAACCAUCAAGAAGUGAGAUUCGUAAGUCAUCCUUGCAGAAGGAAUUUKUUGUUAUUUGUUAGCAUCGAUCAAAGUUUCGUAUGCRAAAUUGGUUAGCUAACCUUACAUCAUCUUCAGUCUUUGCCUCAUUUGUUACAACUGUGCUCUCCGUUAUCAGGUCAUAAGAUGUCAAUGACAUUGUUUUGUAAGACUCUGAUGCUACAUUAUUUCAUUCUGUUUUGACACUAAGUUAAUAAUGAGAAACRGUGUUUAUUAUUGCUGUUAAAA